AUGACAGUGAAUUGGAGCGAACAAUUAAAACAUUCAUUCGACUUGUAUGAAACCAACUCUAAGCAUGCUGUUCUUGGAAAUAUCGAUAUUUAUUAAUAUAUCCCAGACAAAAAAGUUAAAAUCUUUAGUAAACUGACAUAUGUUCCUGAUAAAGAGUAUUUCCUGUAAAAAACUAAAUUUAAGCAUCCAAGCUUAUUAAGAGCCUUGGCUUUAGAGAAAUGUUCAGGAACAUGUAGUGGAGACUAAGCAUUAUACAAAGUCUAUUAUGAUUAUCCAGGAAUUUGCACUUUAGAACAGAUAAUUGAUAAAAAAGCCAAUAAGUUUUCUGAAUAAGCCAUAUGGGAUAUUAUAUUCUAAUUUGUUGAUUGUGCAGAAUAUUUGUAAUCUCACUUUAAAACCAUUGGUAACAUCAACCCUAACACUAUCUAUGCGUUAGAUGAUGGCAUCAAAAUAUUUGAAGUUAAUCAUAUAUUUCAAAUUGACUCAUCUUAUGAUUAGGCACUCAAGAAUUCAACUGCCAUUUUAUCUCCAGAACAGAUAGAGUAAUUACAAAGAGGAAUUCCAUUUCCAUCAGUGAACGGUUUCAAGAGUGAUGUUUAUGCAUUUGGAAUAGUGUUAUUGUGUCUAACAACUCUGAGUAGAUAUACUAAAUUCUAUACUCCCAAUUAAGAACUAGACAAAAAUCAAAUAUAUUUGAGUCUUCAAUAGACAAAAUGUAAAUAUUCUGAACUCUUAAAUGGUUUAAUCUAAAAAAUGCUUCUUGACAACCCUUCUGAAAGACAAUCAUGGAUAGAUAUUAAAAGUUUCAUUAACCCAUUUAAGAGCUUGGAAGAAAAUGCUUAACCGUUUUAUUCAGACAUCAAACUAUGUCCUUAAAUAACAAAACAAAAUAUUCCCACUAUUGAGUCAGUUAAACCAAAGGAUCAAAGCUCCUAAAUGUAGGGUCCAUUAGUUAUUUCUCCUAAUACAACACCAAGAGUAAUGUAAAGCUGUUAACAAUUAAAAAUGGUAUUAAAUCCACCAAUAUCUCAAACUUAUGUUUCUUAAAGCAUUUCAUAAUAAAAUUAAUCGAUGCAACUGAAUGCAGAUUCCCAAUUACAUUCCUAAAACACACCCACCUUUGCCAUAACUAAUUCAAAUUAACCAAUAUAAAACAUUAUUAAUAAAAGACAAAGGGUGUCCUCUACCUUGUAAAAUUAUAACUCAUAAUAAACAUCGCCUCCACAAUCGGUAGCUCCUAAUUCAACAUCAGCAUAUCCAUUUUAUUAGCCAAAUUCAGCAAGACCAUAAUAAAUUUGA